AUGGCAAGAGUGCUGGUCACAGAAGACACUAAGAGUUAUGAUGAGCUGGCCAAGGCGUUUCAUUACAGGCUAUGUCUCAAGAGACCUAUACAUCCUUACAUCCACCUCAACAUGUGGUAUACAAUGGACUUGAUGCUAGUGAGUGAACUCGGUCUUUACAAAAAAAUAGACAUGGACAAGGUGGAAGGAUACAGUCUUGGUUGUGAAGUGUUGGACAUUCGAUCUGGGAGUGAGAAUAAUGACUUUUGCGUUGAGGUACGACCAUUGAGUGAGGAGGCCUGUGAAUGGAGCGAGCUGACAAAUAUCCAGUGGCCAGGUAUUCAUGGAGGCAAAGGAGGACUAGAGUUUAGAGUUGUUCCAAAAAAAUUAUCUACCAAUGACGAUUUUUGUGAUCCCCAGUGUAAUAAUUGGCGGUAUCUUCACAUAUUUCCGAUUGCAGAGAUGGUUAAAAGUGAUGGUCAUGAUAAAAACUUUUUUCAAAGUAUAGAUCGAAUAGAACAUUAUAAGAUUGUACCAUUAUUAGUGGGACCCAUUGAGAUUGGACAUUGUUAUCAACACCAUUCGUCCUGUGCGCAUCAUCAAGAACCGCUGAAUGAUCUCGGAGAUGAAGCCGAGUUUACUGAUGAUUCUCUAUCGAGCUCUUCACCAGAUUCUUAUUCUUCCAAUUCUUCUUCCCCGUCUCCUUUGCCUGAUAGUCCUCAGUCAGAUAACGACUAUUCGGCUCCUCCAACCACAGUGUCUAGACAACACUCUUGGAUAACUGAUACGUACCUUGUUAACAACUAUCGGGCCUUUUCACUCCCAUACAAGAAAACUCUCUUGAUUCGAGAAGUUUGGGAUGGAAGAGUUUCUGGAAAAGUCUGGGAUUCAGCGUUUAUUGUUUUGCAGUUUAUGAAAGAGGGCUUCAUGAAGGAUCGCUCGUUUUUGUUCGGUAAACGAAUCUUAGACUUGUCAACAGGGACGGGAUUGAUAGGACUGUACCUAGCGUCAUUUUGUAGUGUGAUGGCUCAGCAGGAGGCUACGACCAAAGCUCCGAAAACUAAUAUCGUUUUAACAGACCUUCAACAAGCUAUAAAGCUGAUAAAUAAGAAUCGGUUGUUGAACAAGUACCUAAUUAAUGAGGCUAGAGUGUCAACAGAGGUCAUCACGCUCGAAUGGGGCAAAAUCAGCAAAGCAAGGAGACUUGGAACAUUUGACAUAGUAUUGGCGUCUGACGUUGUAUACGAACCAGAAUUGUUUGAUGUUUUGAUUGGGACUUUGAGUGCGGUUUGUACUCCGAAUCAUACAAAAAUAUACCUCGGAUACAAGCGACGUGCGUUAUCUGCCGAGGAGGAAGGGCAGUUCUUUAAAAAACUAGGCAGGAAAUUUAAAGUAUCCUUGGUUGGUGGUGCGGAUGAGCAAAAAUCUACACACUCUCGCUCACGUUCAAGCAGUCGAACACUCGAGACAGAAUACCUCUACAAAAUACUUGUGGUCGGUGACCCGGCAACAGGAAAGACAAGUAAUACAAGGAUAAUGCAUACCAAGAGUACGAUGAGUUCGGAAAAGGUUGCGGAAACAAAAGGUGUCUACAAUUCUACCAUAAUUCCUGAAGAGCAAGAGGUAAUUCAAAGAAGCUCUGGAUGCACUAGUCGUUUACGACAUAUCACGACCAUCAACGUUCGAGUCUGUUACAAACUGGAAGAAGACUUGGAUGAAAAGAUCGCAUUACCUGAUGUUUUGGAUGGAGACCCCAUUCCUGUCGUAUUGUUGGCCAACAAGUGUGAUCUUGUGACAGAAGAACAUGCCCGUGAAGCAGAAUCAGUCUUGAAUAAAUUUUGCGAGCAGCCCGAAAGAACAAAGGUUUUUUCACUAAUAGUUCACUCAGUGGAUUCUGCAAAUGGUGGGUUGAUUGAUGGUGUCUUUUUUGAAAAGAGGCUGUCUUACACAUCGGCAAAUAUCGAGGAAGCAGGGAUAGCUCUCGCUUCCGAGAUUCUUGAACGUCAAAAGCAACGCCGGGGGACGGGUACACCAUCUACUAAAUAUAACAGAAGAGAAGAUUAUUAG